GCGGGGCCUCUCCCCGCGGGAUGGAGGCGCGGGCAGGCGGCGGGGGCGCGGGGCCCGCCUGCGGCUGCAAGGGGAUCCGCCGCUGCCUGCUCUGCCAGGGGCCCGCGCCGGCCGCUCCGCCCCCGCAGGAAAAAGGUAACUUCACUUAUUGCCCAGCAGCAGGUUUAGCAGUAGGAAAUGAAUGCUCAGAGUUUGCUGGCUGGGCAUUUCCAUUUCCAGGAGUGUUCUUGCUGGAGGAGUUUAUAAACCAAGACGAGGAAUCUCAGAUGGUUCAGCUGAUGGAUCAAGAUGACUGGAAACUAUCACAGUCUGGCCGAAGGAAGCAGGACUAUGGGCCCAAAGUGAACUUCAAGAAAAAGAAGCUGAAAGUUGAUGGUUUCAUUGGCUUGCCCAGUUUUAGCCAGGAGAUUGUGCAGCGAAUGAAGGCUCAUUCUGCGCUAGAGGAUUUCUUUCCUGUUGAGCAGUGUAACCUGGACUAUCUACCCGAAAGAGGGUCUGCCAUUGACCCACACUUUGAUGACUGGUGGCUUUGGGGGGAGCGACUGGUUAGCUUAAACUUGCUCUCAAAAACUGUGCUGUCCAUGUCUUGUGAUUCGGAGGACAGUCUCCAGUUAUUUGCCACUCUCAGUCAAGGAAGAGGGGAAUCAAAUCACUCUGCCUCACCUCAAGCUUGUCAGACCCAUAAACCAAACAACCAUACUCCCACAUCAGCAUGUGAAAAUUUAGACAGUUGGGAGAUUGACCACUCCUCUCCCCCAAGACUUAUUCCAUACAAAGAAGUUACUGUAGACAUUCUCUUACCUAGGAGAUCCCUGAUUGUGCUGUAUAGAGAUGCACGCUAUAAGUGGAAACAUGCAAUUUACCGCAAGCACAUUGAGCAUCGCCGGAUCUGUGUCACCUUCAGGGAGCUGUCUGCAGAAUUCGCUUUGGGAGGAAAGCAGGAAAAACUGGGUAAAGAGCUCCUCGAAAUAGCCCUGACAUUUCAAGGAAAACCAGUGUGAACAGGGGGAGAAAAUCGGAAUUAUGAGUUGUUUGGAUAUUUGAAAAUUAAAGUUCAGAUUUUUUGCAA